AUGUCGUGGUUAGCCUACCUCUGCAGGGUGGAUUCCCGCCUACACGGAGGGUGUCCUGGGUCAAACAAUCACAACUUGACCAAUUCCAACAUGCCAGACCGAAAGCCAACCCUCAUCUUCGCCCCCGGGGCCUGGUAUCCCGCUACGGCAUUCAUGCCGUUAACGGCCCUCCUCGAAUCCGACAGGUAUACAUGCCACACAGUCGCCUUCCCCUCAAUCCAACAGGCCACGACUGUCACAGAUCUCUCAGCAGAUAUCGCUGCAGUCCGCGCGCUCGUCGAGCCGGAAGUUGAGAAGGGGAACGAGGUUGUGAUUGUCGUGCAUAGCUGGGCAGGGUUGCCGGUGAACAGUGCGCUUGAUGGGCUGGCGAAGGUAGCUGGUGGAAGUGGAGGUGGAGUAGUGAAGCUCAUCUUCAUCUCAGCGUUCAUCCCUGAGCUUGGACAGAGUCUGAUCUCGGCGUUUGGUGGGGAGCCUGCGCCGUGGUAUGUUCGAGAUGAAGCCAACGGAACCGUUUCUCCUUCCACGCCAUAUGACCUCUUCUUCCACGACGUCCCAGGUGGCGAGGAGUGGGCGGGAAAACUCCGCCCGCACGCGUGGGCGACAAAGAUCUCCCCAGCGACGGGCACGGCGUACUCAUGGAUUCCAAGCUCGUAUCUAUUCUGUGAGCAGGACCGGGCAAUUCCAGUUGAGGUGCAGAAGAUGAUGGUUGAGCAAGCGCGGGCGCAGGGUGCGCAGAUUGCUACUGAGAGUAUUGCGACGGGGCACACGCCGUGGUUAGUGGAUGCGCAGCGGGUGGCGGGCUAUAUUCGGAGGGAGAUCGGGGAUGCUUGA